AUGCAGCGGCUGCUGAGUUCAAUGUGCCUUAUCCAUGUAUUUGGAAAGAUAUUUUGUCUAUUUGAAAGAAAUGUGAAUCCUGAAGCUCGUAUGAACGUUAGUGAGAUUAUUGCCCACUGGAAAUAUACAGGCGAAGAGUAUGAGGUUGUAACUGAUGAUGGUUACAUCCUUCUAAUUAACCGAAUUCCUCAUGGAAUUAACACUAAUAGUUCAGGCCCAAAGACGGUAGUAUAUUGUCAGCAUGGCUUGUUCUCAACCGCUGGUGUGUGGGUUGCCAAUCCCCCCAACAACAGCCUGGCCUUUGUUCUAGCAGAUGCUGGGUAUGAUGUGUGGAUGGGAAACAGCAGGGGAAGUACCUGGGCAAAGAAACACGUGAACUUAACUACAGAUUCUGAAGAAUUCUGGGCUUUCAGUUAUGAUGAAAUGAUAAAAUAUGACCUUCCAGCCACUAUUGAUUUCAUUCUGAAGAAAACAGGACAAAAGCAGAUUUAUUAUUUUGGCCAUUCUCAAGGCACCCUUAUCGCUCUGGGGGCGUUUGCAACAAAUCAACAACUGGCUGAAAAGAUUAAAAUCGCUUUUUUACUGGCUCCAAUUGCUACUGUUAAACAUGUCAAAGGUACUGGGCGCUCUCCAGCUUACUUCACUCCAGAGACUUUCAAGCUCCUUUUUGGUGAAAAAGAAUUUUUGCCUACUGUAGCUUUCAGUAAGCUGUCUGAAUACGUUUGCAACAUUAAGGUGCUCAAUGCUGGAUGCGCGGCUCUUCUGGGAUCGCUGAAUGGAUAUGCUCCAAAGCAGUUAAACAUGAGCCGCGUUGACGUGUAUGUAAAGCUAAGUCUAGCCGGAACAUCAGUUCAAAUUCUCCUACAUUAUUCUCAGGCAAUUAAGAAAGGUGUGUUUCAGGCUUAUGAUUGGGGAAGUCCAUCUCAAAAUAUGCUACACUACAAUCAGAUUACUCCUCCAUUAUACAAUGUGGAAGAUGUGAAGGUUCCAAUAGCCAUGUGGACUGGUGACAAAGAUUUUUUGGCUAAUCCAAAUGAUGUUGCAAAUUUGGUGCCCAAAAUCUCCAACCUCAUGUAUCAUAAAAAUAUUCCUGAUUUUAGCCAUCUUGAUUUUAUAGUGGGAUUAAAUGCUAGAGAAGAGGUUUUCAAUGAAAUUUUAACACUUCUUGCUAAAUCUAAGUGAAGGUGAAUUUCU